UUCAUAUUUGUGAACACUUUUAUCAUUCACCAAGGAAUUCCAGGGUCAGGGUCUUUCUGUCAUCACCCUGACCCAUCCAAACCUCCUUGAACCACUUUGUAACCUCAAGAUUACCAAGAUUACCAAGGAGUACCAAGCCAAAUGGUUUCCAGUUGAGACCAGUCAAAAGGAAAAGAUGGACCCAUCAAAGGAGUUGGCUGAUGAAGAACACAAUGUCAAAAUAGAAAAUUACAAAGAUACCGUUUACCGCCUGGAUUUGUUCUACGGCAUAGUCAAAAGGCAACUGCUUCGCUACCAGAACUACAUAUCAGGCCUUUUUCCAGUCUUGUCAGACGACAAGAUCGUAGGGAGUGUGCGAGACAGCCUGUACUGCACCAAGGCGAUAUGGAGUCUUUACCAAGCAUAUCAACGGAUUGACGAUGACCGAGGAAAAUCGUAUGAGUUGGGCCAGUCAGCGGUGAAAUGCAUGCGUGGCAUUUUGCAAUGUUGGAUCAAGCAAGCUGACCGAGUUGAGGAGUUCAAACGAAAUCAAAAUUUUAAAUUUUCUCUACACUCCAAGUUUAACUUGACAACAGGCGAUGAGAUUCUAAAAGACAGCGACUACAACCACCUCCAGAUUGACAACGUAUCCCUUUAUUUGAUAUUCUUAGUCCAAAUGAUUUCAUCAGGACUGCAAAUAAUAUAUACACAAGACGAGGUUGCAUUUGUGCAAAAUUUGGUUUACUACGUUGAAAGAGCGUACAGAACGCCCGACUUCGGAAUGUGGGAAAGAGGGACAAAAUACAAUGACGGUACACCAGAAAUUCAUGCGAGUUCGAUUGGUAUGGCAAAAAGCGCUCUGGAGUCCAUCAACGGCUGCAACCUGUUUGGUGAGAAGGGCGCCUCCUGGUCUGUUAUCUACGUCGACAUCGACGCACACAACAGGAACAGAAGCAUAUUUGAAACCCUGCUUCCUAGGGAGUCGAGCACCAAGGCGGAAGAUGCAUCUCUGUUAAUGACAGUCUCCUUCCCGGCUUUCGCCACGCACGAGGUCUCCUUGGUCGUAGAGACCAAAAAACAUUUGCAUUCGCUCAAAGGAAAAUACGGAUUCAAACGGUUCAUACGAGACGGUUACAAAUCUGUUCUUGAGGACCCUUCAAGGCGCUUUUACAAAGUCAGCGAAAGCAAGGAAUUUGAAAAUAUAGAAAGUGAAUGGCCUUUGUUCCUAAUGUUCAUGAUUAUCGAUGGCGUAUACCAUGGAGAUAAUAAACAGAUUAAAGAAUAUCAAACUACUUUGAAGUCAAUCCUCCGAAAAGACAGUAAUGGUGAUCCAGUAAUCCCGAUGUACUUUUAUGUAAAAAAUGAAAACCUUGCCGAAGAGAAGGCUAACCCAGGAAGCCAGGAAAGGGUUUCAAGUGUCGAAGGCUCAGGUGAUAAGAACCCACUUUUCCUGUGGAAUCAAGCCGUUUUUGUCAUUUCUCAGUUGCUCACAUCUGGACUGCUUCAUAUCAAUGAACUUGAUCCAGUUAAGCGGCACUUACCAUCCUUCUCGCGGCCAAGGAAGAAUGGACGCUAUUCGGCUUUUCAGGGGACUGCUACAGACUUAGUAGUCCAGAUUGUAUUGAUAGCUGAGUCAAUGCGCCUGCAAGCAAUGAUGGCCACUUACGGCAUACAGACACAGACACCGCAUGAGGUCGAGCCGAUCCAGAUCUGGUCUUCAAACCAACUCGUGAAAGUCUAUGAGAACCUUGGCGUCAACUCGAAACUUAGAUUAAAAGGAAGACCACCUAGACCAGUCGGUGCCCUCGGCACGAGCAAGUUCUACAGAGUGGCAGGAACGACUGUCUUGUGCUACCCUCUUAUAUUUGAAGUUUCUGAAUUCUAUCUCUACAGAGACAUGGCAUUACUGAUCGAAGACAUUAAAACCGAGCUGCAGUUUGUAUCUAGAUACUGGAGACUCUCAGGUCGGCCUACGUUUUGCCUUCUUAUACGAGAAGAUCACAUGAGAGAUCCGCAGUUUAAAGAGAUGCUAGACUUGAUGGCAAUGCUGAAGAAAGGUUGUUGUGAGGGCAUCAAAGUGCGCACUGGAAGGCUUCAAAAUUUAAUCUCAUCUUCAUGUGUUGAACAUUUGGAUUUCGUGAAUAUGCUGGACCCGAGUGAAACCACUUUUCAACAGUUUGACCAAUUAGAACACGAAUACAUCGGAUAUCAAAGCUUGACCGAUAUUCCAUUGGCAACUUGUUAUAACGAAAAAUUUGUCGAUUAUAAAGCUUACCAAUACAAAUCGAUCCCAGAUAUUAUUGAUGCAUUGAGAAGCUCACCAGGAAUGUUUAGCCAAGCACAGCUUCUAGGCCAUCUUUUGAACAAAUGUGGAGCGAAUUACGAAGUACAAGGAAAGACAGUGACAAAACAUUUGGAGGACCUUCACAGUAAAGCAGGUUGUCAUCAUUACUGGGCUGUGGUUCGGUAUUGCAGUAGCUUGUUGAACCACACGGUGGACAGCAUUGGCCCUUUUAUCACCGCUGUUCUCGUCAGUGGUAAACAGUUGACUAUUGGUGUAAUCAGCCAGGAAGAGACUGUAUUCGAAAAGCCGUUGACCCCUGCUGAGUUCCAAUCGAUAAUUUAUUCAACAAUCCACCCGCACAGUGUCAUCGAGGCGGUUUUGCAGCAGGAGAUUGUUCUAUAUUGCGGCAGGCUCAUAGCAACUAGUCCACAUCUCUUUAGAGGGAUUCUCAAAAUCAGAGUUGGAUGGGUUGUCGAGGCUAUGAAAAUUUACUUAGAAAUUUCUCAGAAUGAAGAGACCCUUGAAAAUUUAAGCCCGUUCCAAGUUAGACAGCUUCUUUCUAAAAUUCUAUCUGUGAGUGAGUGGGCUUCGAAAGAACAAUUGUGCCCGUUGGCAAGAAGGCGGCUUGAAGGAUGUCUGUGUCGUGUUCCAAAAAAGUUUUACCAGAGGGUAUGGUGCAUCCUUUCGAGGACAUUGCAGGGUGUCAAAGUUAAGGGCUGCGUACUUCCUCACCAGCCUGAGCUCUCCGACAUGACGAGCUCGGAAUUAAGGUUCUCCCUUCUAAUUGAGCAAGCUCUCAACAAAAUUCAAGAACCAGAAUACAGGCAAAUCAUUGUAGAACUGCUUUGCAUAGUUUCCACGAUUUUGCAAAGAAAUCCAGAAUUGACUUUCAACAACGAACUCAAUCUUGACGAUCUGGUGAUGGAAGCAUUCGCCAUAUACUGCAAAGAUACAAACAGGGAAAAUUGUAACGAUGUAAAGAUCUUCUUUUCCGAAACUGAAGCCACUACGCUAGGCUAUUUUGCCAGAGCCAUUGUCAAUAAUGUGCUAAAAGGUGGCCAUUUCACGAUGUCGCUAUCAUCAGAAGAUGGCAAUAAUUGUGCUGUUUCAUGAAAAAUUUUAUUACGUUAUAUUUCCUAAAAAUUAGAAUUAAAAUUUUUUUGUUAUUAAGGAAAAAAGUGUUU